AAUUGAACAAAUUGUGUUGGUUUUUUUUUUUUGUAUAAAAUGGAAGAUUUUUGCCGUACUUGCGGCAAAACCGUAAAUGCAGAAAGUUGUAUUAACAUAUUUUCCCCUAUUGGUCGCCGUCUCUUACACUGCAUUCGCACAAUAACCAAUUGCUGGGUGCAAAAUGUGGUCGGAUAUCCCAUCUACAUAUGCGGGGAGUGUCAGACGCUGCUAAAGAAGGUCAGCUCCUUUCGCAAGCGUUGCACAAAAAUUGAGGCUUUCCUCUCCAAACGUAAAUCGAAAUUGACCUCAAACGAUGUCAAUUUGGCAGCAACCGCACAAGAUGCGAAGAUUGUCGAUCCGCUUAGAAUUGAGGAGCAAGAGCCAGUGACAUAUGACAUUAAGGAGGAGACAACGGGAGAGUCGUUUAAUCAAAUCGAAGAUGAACUAUAUGACCCACAUCAGGAUGACAUCGAGCAAAUAAGCGAAUGUAAUUACGAUGCUCAGCCAGAUUCCGACGAGUAUGCCGGCCUUUCCUAUGAUGUGGAUAUGCAGGAACCACCCGCACUUACUGCAGUUGCUGAUAUUGCGCAAAAGACGCCUGAAGACAUACCAAAAACUCAAUCAAGUACCGGAGUUAAACCAGUUUCCCGCAAAUAUACAAUGCGUGUCGGGAAAAGAACUAUGUACAUUAAAUUGACCGAUGAACAACAGCCGAAACGUAUUGUAGAUCCUCAACGGCAAUGGUCUGGAGCUCGUCCCUGCAUCUGUGAGCAUUGUGGUCGGCAAUUCAAGGACGCCAGCAAUCUUAAUAUGCACCUGUUGCGGCACACAGGAACUAAGAACUACGAGUGCAAGCAAUGCAACGAGAAAUGCUACACACUACAUCUGCUCCGACGUCAUCAGCUGAAGCAUACAGAAGGUCCAUACGAAUGCACCUUCUGUGGUCUCCAAUACAGUACAAACAGCUCACGCGUGCGACAUGAACGUGAGGCUUGUAAAAAGGGACGAGCGCCGCAGUCAAAAACGGAGCUGAUUAAGAGAGGAGAACGCACAUUUCACUGUGAUGUCUGUGAUCUUUGGUUCCUGCGUGCCGGCAAUCUCGCUCAGCACUUGAGCUCAUCCAAUCAUAUUGCCAAUCAGCGACGGAAAAACAAAAAGUGUCAAUUAAAACAAAAGAAUUAAAAAUGAUUUAAGUUAUAAGAGCGAGAUAGUUGUUGGAGCUUUGAGACUUGUUUUUAUAAAAAAAAAUUAAGCUAUUCACUGAA